AGUUGAAGCCUCGUGGUGUAGCGGUGAAUCUGAUCCCAGGCCUGCCAGCCUACAUCCUCUUCAUGUGUCUGAGGCAUGCUGACUAUGUCAACGAUGACCAGAAGGUCAGGACGCUGCUCACAUCCACCAUCAACAGCAUCAAGAAGAUACUCAAGAAACGGGGGGAUGACUUUGAGACGGUCUCUUUCUGGCUGUCCAACACCUGCCGCUUCCUCCACUGUCUCAAACAGUACAGCGGAGAUGAGUCGUUUAUGAAGCACAACACUCCUAAGCAGAAUGAUCACUGCCUGUCUAACUUUGACCUGGCUGAGUACCGGCAGGUCCUCAGUGACCUGGCCAUUCAGAUCUACCAGCAGCUCAUCAAAUGCAUGGAGAACAUCCUACAGCCCAUGAUUGUCUCUGGUAUGUUGGAGCAUGAGACCAUCCAGGGUGUGUCGGGGGUUAAGCCGACCGGUCUGCGUAAACGGACAUCGAGCAUCGCUGACGAGGGAACCUACACGCUGGAAUCCAUCUUACGCCAGCUCAGCGCUUUCCACUCCACCAUGUGUCAGCACGGCACCGACCCUGAACUCAUCAAACAGGUUGUGAAGCAGCAGUUCUACAUCAUUGGAGCUGUGACUCUCAACAAUCUACUGCUGCGUAAAGACAUGUGCUCCUGGAGCAAAGGCAUGCAGAUCAGGUAUAACGUGAGUCAGCUGGAGGAGUGGCUGCGUGACAAGUCUCUGAUGCUGUGUGGAGCCAAGGAGACUCUGGAGCCUCUGAUUCAGGCUGCUCAGCUGCUGCAAGUCAAGAAGAAGACGGACGAAGACGCCGAGGCCAUCUGCUCCAUGUGCAACAGCCUGUCCACAUCUCAGAUUGUGAAGGUGUUGAACCUGUACACUCCAGUCAACGAGUUUGAAGAGAGGGUGUCUGUUACCUUCAUACGAACCAUACAGACUCGUUUGCCUUCCCUUCCUCCCCCUCUCUGGGACCGCUGUGAGACUCCUCAGCUGUUGAUGGACACUAAGAUCAUCUACCCAGUCACCUUCCCUUUCAACCCCUCCUCUCUGGCCUUGGAGACUAUCCAAAUACCAGGCUCCCUCAACCUAGCCUUCCUUACCCGCGUCUAA